AUCAGCGUGUGUUAGAAUUUUUCCUCAGUUGACCGAAAAAAAAGCUGGUAUAUCAAACAGUGCUCGGGAAGUCAUCGCUUGAGAGGACGGAGCAAUCUGCGUGAAAGGCGGGCCUGUGACAGUCGACCGAAUUUGUGCCUGUUUUCUGCGAGAUAUUUUUUUUGGCGACGAUUUUUUUUUUUUUUUAGAACAAGCAUGUCGGCCGAGUUUGAAGGCAGCAUCUACAGCAAGAGGAUCUUGCUGACGGGCGGGGCUGGUUUCAUUGGCGGUCACGUGGUGUCUAACCUGGUGGAACGGUAUCCCGAUUAUUACGUCGUAAACUACGAUAAGCUGGAAUACUGCUCGUGUUUGAAGAACCUGGAGAAAAUAGCAACAAAACCGAAUUAUAAAUUCGUAAAUGGAGACAUCUGUGACGAGGAUAAGCUCCGUGAGGUGCUUCAUCAGGAGCGCAUUGAUACAGUCUUGCAUUUUGCUGCCCAGUCACACGUGGACAACUCGUUCCGCAGUGCUGACAACUUCACGCGGAGCAACGUUCAGGGUACCAGCACGCUGCUCGAGACGGCCAAACAGUACGGAGGUAUCACACUGUUUCUACACGUCAGUACAGACGAGGUCUACGGUGGCAACAGUAAAGUGGCCCUAACGGAGGAGGCACCCCUCAAUCCCAUGAACCCUUACUCCAAGUCCAAGGCCGAGGCGGAGAUUAUUGCCAAGUCUUACUGGGACAAGUACCGGUUUCCAGUCAUCAUCACGCGGGGCAAUAACGUCUACGGCCCCCACCAGUUCCCCGAGAAGGUCGUGCCAAAGUUUAUCGGACUGCUACUGAAAGGCAAAAAGUGCUGUAUCCACGGUGACGGUACCUGCACCCGUAACUUCAUGUACGUGCAGGACGCCGUGGAAGCCUACCUGACUGUGCUACAUAAAGGCGAGGUAGGAGAGAUCUACAACAUUGGUACCGAGUUCCGUAUAUCCGUCAAUGGAGUGGCCAACAUUCUAACCCAAAAGAUUCUUGGGCACAAAAAGGAUGAAGACGAACACGAGGGUCACAUGGAGUUCGUACAAGACAGGCCGCACAAUGAUAAAGACUAUCCCAUCGACUCAUCCAAGCUGCGAAGUCUCGAUUGGUGUCCCAAAAUGCCCUGGGAUAAAGGACUUGAUAUCACCAUCGAGUGGUACCGCCAUAAUUUCUCCAACUGGGGAGAACUGUCGGAGAGGGCGCUCGUUCCUUUCCCCGAUGUCUUGGGUGAAACGACCAAAGAGAACGGCGAAGAUCAACCGGAACUGUGAUUGGAAAAAAGCUGAAUGACGUCAUAGAAAUUGGAACGUUAUUUUUUUUCGGGCUACAAGUUGCACUUGGGUCCAUCCUUUGAUGUUUAAAGACAUUUUAUCGUCAAAGACAUUUUAAUGUAACACGUUUCAGUCGUGCCACAUCCAGGCAACUUGGACAAGAGGACAGUAUUAGUGUUCUAUAAGACUUAUGAACAGGCGACAAUCUAAAGAAGUCAGGAACACAUUAAUAAUUGUGACGGUAAAUUGUGUAAAUGUUUGAUUUGUAAAAAUGGGUAACGUAUUUAUUGUAUGACUGCCGUCAACAUCACUAUAUAUCUUACGAUAUCAAACAGAUAAAAACUAUCAGCAAGACUGAUACCUGUAGGCGAAAGUAUAAUGAAUUGUAUGGGCUUUAUUGUCCAAAAUUGAAUUUAGUAACCAAGGCGUUUGUUAAGAGGGUGCACGGGUUAUAAACUAUGUAUGUAAGGCCAAAAAAAAAAA